AUCGGCUGAUUGGUCAUAUUCAUCUGAUAAAAACCAUAAAAUAUUCUCGUUUUGCUAAAAUUUAUCACUAGUGCUAUUAUGUAUUUUUAGGUUUAAGAAUUUUUCAAUAUCAUGUUAUCGAUCGUUUGUACAUAGAAUAAUGACCUACUAUUAAAGUCGUAACCCAAAUAAUAGGUUCAGACUGUAGUAAUCUUGUUUUCAAAGCAAAGGGGGUCACUAAUUCAACAUCGUCAGGUAAUUAAAUAUUGAAAUUAAUAAUAUUUGUAAUACAAAAUAAUAGAUAUUAUAAAACAACUGUCACUAUUUAAUUUCAAUUUCAAUUUAGUAAUAGUUGAUAUAAGUACUCUAAAAGAUAGUAUUUUAUAUUAUUUUUAUAGAUGAAGAUUAUAGUUAAAUAACACUAAGUACACAUUUCCAUUUAAGUUACAAAAUGUAGUUGAACUUUUUGUUAACGGAAAAUGACAAACAAUCAUCCAUUAGCAAAAACUGAUCGGUCGACGGAUUGGCGGUCACGUCGACCGGCGAUAUGAAGAAGACCGCUGUUAACUAUGAACGUACUCAUUCGUUGGGGGAUGACGAAGAUGAUAGUCGUGAGAUAAUAUUAGAACGAGAUCCGUUCCGGCGCCCAAAGUCCCACCGUAUUGCUGUACUUUCCGGUCAAAAUGGGUUGGAAGAGAAAUCAUCUAAAAAUGAUGUUAAUUUGUCCAAUCAAAAUAGGCGUAGUUGGGAAAAAGAAGAGGAAGUACUUUUAAAUAAUGGAUCAUCAUUCGAUGAUGAAGAUACUGCCAGAAAACUACGAAAAUGGAGUAAAAGUAAAAUUGAUUUGUUAAUGCCGAGUUUACGGUCCCUGGUCACUAUGGCCAGGGGCAAGUCAACCUCAGCUACAUCGUUAAAUCAACCGGGUUCAGCAGAAAGUUGGUCUCAUUUAGAAUGUGUACGAGAUAAUGAACCUAUUCGUAAAUACAACACUAUGGUAACAUUAUCAAAUGUAGUAUUAAAUCAACCUGCAGGAAUCAAACCAGUAAACCGGCUGCGAGAUACUGCUGUUUGUUCAAGAUGUAGUAGUGUAUUGUCUUUAGCUGCUUCUUCAUCUAGAUAUUCACUGGGAUCAACAUCAAGUUUUAUAAUACACAGAGAUCAACCUAUUGUAUUAUGUAAAGUGUGUUUAAAUGAAGUUUCUGUAAAAAAUUCGUGGACGCUUCAACAAUGUGGAUGCUCUUAUUGUAUUGAAGUGAGUGAUAUUUUGUAUUUAUUAAAUGAUAACUUUUUUUUUUCAAAAUUAAAAUAUAUAUUUUUCAUAGAUUGAUUAUCAGAUAAAUAAUAUUAAAUAAAAUAAAUUUAUCAUAAUUAUUAGUCAUAUUAGGUUGGACCCUGUCUAAUUUGAUGAAAAAUUAAUGUUUUCUCCUACUAUACAUGUGCAUAAAAAAUUGGUUUAUAAAUUUAAACAUAAAUAUAUCUACAUUUGUAGAAAAUGAUUAUUUUAUACAGUAAAAAGUAAAGUAUCUACUUUUUAAAAUAUUUAUAUAGGUACAAAUAAAAAAACCUUGAAUUAUUAAAUUUGGUAUAAGUGUUAUACAGCAUAAUAUACCCUUAUAUGUGUUAAUAUAUUCUAAUUAGAUUAAUUAUGCUUAAUUCAGUUGACAAGGAAAGGUGUGGCAGAAAAGUAUGAAAUGAAAUAAAACCUUUUAUUGUAAUAAAAAUGUCAUCAUUAUGAUUUUAUUACCUUUUGUAGUUCAUUAACUUAUUAUAAAGUUUCCAAAAAUAAAAAAUAUCAGGUUACUGUGUACAAAAUAAAACAAAUUAAAUAUUAAUUUAUGGGGUCACAUUACUAAAAAGCUUGAAAACGCUGUUUUAUUUUAUUUUUAAAUAUAAAUUAUUAGAUGUGUAAUCACUUACAUCUAAGUUUAAAAUUUCAAUUCUCAAUAAAUAAGUACUAAUUAUGAAGGAACUUUUGAUUUCAUCAAAUAGUUCUAAUACAUAGUUUUGUUUUCAGAAACUUGUUUAAGGGAGAUAUGGGGUGUUUUUUAAAACUAAUUUUCAAUUUAUUAUUAGCAUUAAGAAUGUUAAUAUAUGUUAUCAAAAUACAAUUUGUAUUAUCAUUGUAACUUAUACAAUUAAAACAGUAAUAAUAAUUCAAUAAACUUUCUAUUAAAUAUGAAUACCAAUCAAAAUUUAGAUAUAUCCUUCUUCGUGAUUAAAAAUGUAAAAAAAUAUAACCUUAGUGUAUUUAAAAAUAAAUUACAAUCCUGCAAUAAUGUUAUGAUUUACUAUAGUAACCUAAGUAACUAAUAUUGGAAAUCUGUUGAUAAUCUUAAGGAUUAGAAAUUAUAACUACAUAUAAUUUGUAUUUCUUAUUUUCAAUAGUAUAUAGAUUGCAGAUAUUAAAUAAUUAUUGCAACAUUUUUAUUGUUCUAAAAUUGAAAAUGUAUCUGAAACAAUGGUGUAAACUUAUAAAUAGUUGAUAGGUUACCUAAUUUUUGUUAUUUCCCAAAAAAAUGUUAUUAUUUUAAAAGUUUUAUUUGUUGAAUUUUAUUAUUUAUCAUUUUGUGCUUUUAUAAUUUCAUUGGGCAAAUGUAUCAUAUUUUUAUCUACAACUCUCAUAAGUCAAUAAUUAGACUUAUACUAGAUGUUUGGAACUUGUUCACAUGAUUAUUGAUGCUCACAAAUAUUUAUAUAAUCUAUCUAUGUUGACUAUGAAUUACGAUAUUAUCUUUAUGUGUUUUGAAGUAUAAAGGCAUCCAUCUUCAAAAUUCCAGGGGGUGGGAAACAUAUUAUUUUUUCAAUAAUAUUGACCUUUUUAUUAAACUGCUAACUACUAUGUAAUAUGAACAUCUGGAGAGGUAUAUCCCCUCUUAUCAACCAAUGAAUGCUCAUCAUAUGUGUAAAUAUGUCUAUAAUUAUUCUUGUCAUGUUAAAUAAAAACAAAUCUUAUCUAAAAUUCUAAAAAUUAUACUUUGAUUAGGUCAUAUAAUAAUGGAUUAGGAAAUAUACAAUUUGUUUAUCUAUAGGUGUUGAUAAUGUCAUUAUUGUAUUAUUUUAUUUUACUUUUUUAUGCUUCAAAAUUAUGUAUACAAUAUUUGCACUAUAUAUCGUUUAAUCAGUUGUAUUUAUUUGUCUCAAAUUUUGUUGUCCGUAUUAAUUGAAUUUUUAAUUUUUAAAGAAUAUGAAAUAAAAUUAUUACCUUGACUCUCAAUAAAAUUUUAGGUUUUACUGCUAUAUUUUAAUAAAUAGGUAUCUAUCUUAAACUAUACAGUGUUGUUAUAUGGCUUUUUUCUAUGUUAUUCUAUUGACAUUCAAUUAAUCAACGUUUCAAUUAUUUGAACUAAUUGCCGAAUAUAUAUUAUUUUUAAUAUAGCAGCUAAUAUUUAUCACAUCUCAUUUACGUGUGUACGUGUAAUUACCAUUUUAGUAACUAUGUUUUGAAUAUAUUUAUAUAGUUUAUUAAUCAAUAUAAUAUUAGCCAUAUUGGUUUUACUUAAAAUAAAUAAUCUAUAGGUAUGCUUGUUGCGUGUUCUUUCCCUUACUUGUCUUUUAAGUAAUUUAUUCUUGUACCAUUAUCCUAAUAGUUGUAAUUUUUAUAAAUUGGAUAAUAUUUGUUUGAACAAAUUAUUAGUUAUUUUUUUUUAAACUAAAUAAUUAGUAACUAUAGCUUAUACAAUACACUUUACAUAAAAGGUUCAAAAUACUUUCAAUUUUUUAAUUUUAAUUUAUAAUAUCUAAAUGAAAUAGUUAUAACUAUAGCAAUUUACAAUUUGCAAGAUAGAAUAUAAUAUAAUAAUAUAAAAUAGAAUGUAAUAGUAAAUAAUGCUAAACUUUUUGUAAUAAACAUCAUUAAUCAAUAUAAAUAACAUUUAUCUAGAUUUUUAAUAGGUGUUUUUUUGUAUUGAUUAAUUUUUAUUUGCCUUUAAAUAUUUUAUUUAAUAAAUUAGAUCUAUAUGAUAAGUUAACAUACCCAGGAAAAGAAAAUUAAAGCUUAAAAAUAGCCUGCUCAAUUACCUACUUUUAUAUUUGUAAAUAUGUAUUCUAAAACGUACUAUGUGUAUAAUUUAUUUGUUAUAGAGUAGUUAAUGUGAACAACUUUUUGGAUUUUUCAUUAUUUUAUUUUAUUUUUAAAUUAUACAAAAAAAAUGUUUAGUUAUCUUGUAUCAUUAAGAAUAAAAAGAUAUGUAAUACCUUUAGAAAAUAUCUUGAUACAAAAAAAGACACAAAAUGUAAUUGUAUCUAUGAUAUUGUCCAACUCUGACCAUAAAGUCACAACAUUUUCGUUACUCAGUGAUCAUUUUGAAAUUAGAAUACAUUAUUAAGAUUACAAAGAUACAGACAUACUUCACACUGUUGUAAGUGAGAAGUUGAGAAUGUAGGAUAUAGAGGUGAAUUUAAUGUAGUUACUCAAUUUUCUAUCUGUACUCUCAAUGAUUACUCUUUGCUAAUGAAAAACGAUUCUUAGCAGAGUUAAGUUAUGUAUCUUUUAAAAUGCUGUAAUAUUUAGAAAUUUCAUCAAAAUUUGAAACUAAAAGUCUUUUCAAAAAAAAAUUCUACAUAAUACUCAAUUUUUUCUUUUGACCAUUAAGUAUAACUUAUAAUGAACUUCCUGUAAAAUUUUCAAGCGUGUCUAAUCAUUUUAUCCACAGGAUACCUACCGAAUAAAUAUUACAUUAAAUCUAUAAAUAGCUCAAAAAUUGCUAAAAUAUUUUGAAAAUUUGACCACAUCUAGAAAUGAAAAGUAUAAGUUUUCUGUCAAAGUUUCAAUUCUACGAAUAUGAAUAACUGAAUCACAAAAUUGAAAAUAAUAAAUUACCUACAUUUUCAAGGUUUUCCCCAAUUAUUAUGAAAACAGCUUUAAAAAUCAAAGAAAUGCUUUUUCACCUAUAAGGGAAAAAUUUCCUUUCAAAAUAGGCGCUACACUUGAAAAUGAGAGCAAAAUUUCUGAUAGAAAAGUUGUUCACAGAAUAAAAAAAUAAACAUUGUAAAACCAAUACAUUUCUCACUCCUCUAAGAAUCUAAAAUAUUCAAGUUAAAAUAAUAGAUAUGUAUUUAUUAAAUAGGCAAUAAUAUUGAUAGUAAAUAUUAAAUUCAUUUUUUAUAUUUAUUUAAUGUGCAUAUUAAACUUAAUUAUAUCAAAAUGUGUAUUAUAAAGACAAAAUAAACUAUUUUAUGAAUGAAUUUUGCUAUUCACAAAUUUACAUGAAUACAUAUCAUAUGUGAUUUCUAAUUUUCAGUUACCUAUUAUAGGAUGUAAAUUAAGUAAACUUAUAAAUACAUUCAUAAUGCAAUGAUGCAAUUCCAACUAACAAUCAAUCAUCAAGAGAGUAAUGAUUAACAGUAAAUAUGUAUAAUUAUCAAACUUUAUUUAUUUAUGUUAUAUAAUAAUUAGCAAUUUACUAUGCAUAAUCUACUUAUAUACCUGGAAUAUAGAAAAGUUACACUGUAGUAAAACUGGUCUUAUGCACUAGUGGUUAUACCGUUAUAUGGCUAUUUACUCUCGCAUUCAGUUCAAUUAAGGUAGUUAAAAACUAAAACUUCAUACUAGUGUUCCUUUAUAAUACAAUUUAUUUUCAAGCAUAAGAAAUAAAAAUCAUGUACAAACUAUAACCAAAAGUUAUUUGUGAUAAUAAAAUAAUUUUUAUUUAUAACUAUUGAAAUAUUAUUUUGAAUAAUUAAAUUUUGUAUAUUUAUAAUAACACAAUAUACACGUAAAUGUAUUGAAGUUACAAGUAUAAUAUUAAAAUUUAAUCUGUAGAGAUUCUAUAUUGUAUAGUUUUUAGGCAUAGUUAUGUUAGGAGGACACCACAACAAUAUCUACUGUUUCACCGGGCAACAUAGAAAACUAACAUUAUUUAGUUACAUACAGUCCUCAAAAUUAUAUUUCUCUUUAAAUGUUGAAAUUUGUGCUUAAACUCUUAAUUUCAAUCUAAACAUCACUGUUUAAAUUGUAAGUAAUAUAUGUUGCUAUAUUACUCUUUAGUUAAAUUGGAACAGAUGGGGAUGUGACAUUUUCUUAAUAAACAUUAUAAGUAAUUGGUAAUUAGAUUAUAUGAAUUUUUUUUUCAAAUAUGAAGUAAAUAAUAAUGUUAUUGUUUAUGAUCCAUCAUUAUAACAUGUUACACUGCUUUUAAGAGUACCUGUAAUAAUAAUUGUUUAUUUUUAAAAUAGAAUAUUUAAACAUAUAUUAAUCAUAAUUAUUUUGAAGUAUCAUGUAAAAGAUAAUAAAAUUAAAAUAUUACUUAUAGAUGAAAUUAGAUGUUUCUUUUUUUAAAAAAUAUAUUAUUAUAAAAAUCAUUAAUUUGUAUAAGUUUGGAAUAUUACAAAAAUAUAACACGCAAGUAAUAACUUAAAAAAAGAACUAAUCAGUUUGGUUUCUUUUAGAUUUUGAGUAGAGUGAGGAAUGUAUUUGUUUUACAAUGAUGUUUACUUUUUAUUUUAUCUGAACAACUUUUCUACUAGCAAUUUUGCUCUGAUUUACAAUAAUAGCACUUUUUCUGACUGAGGUGGUACUUUAAAAGGUCAUUUCUUUUCCCAACAAAUGUGAACAACUGGGAAAAAACUUAGGAAAAGUGGGAAAAUAGGUACAAUAUUAAAUAUAUAUUUUUGACAAAGCAACACUAUCAACUUAUCUCCACUAGGAAUCGUUUUUUUCGUUAGCGAUGGUUAAUUGUUGCAUACAGAUAUUUCCCCUCUACUACCUUCCUAAUUUCUCAUCUAUAACAUUGACGGUGCCCAUCACCAUUAUCCUAGGAUAGUUUUUUAAUCAUUCAGCUGUAAUAGUCAUACACAUACUGGCAAUAGUAACUUAAAAAAACAGCAGAUACUCUAAGGUACAUAGUUUUAUUUAAUUUAUAUUUGUUCAUAAAAACAAAUUACAAAAAAUAUUAUAAUUUUUUCACUUGUUGUCUAGGUAACUAAGAAAAGUUUACCAUUCGUCCAGGUUUUAAGGACAUGUCCUAGUUAGUAUUUAUCUAACUAAUUGUUUAUUAAAUGAUUUGUUUAUUUUAAAUUAAGCUAUAUUUAAUAUAAUAUUUUGCCGUGAUCAAUAUUGCUAAUUUUAUGGUUAGGGACAUUUGCAGAACUAUAAGACAAGCAUGCAACAUACAAUUUGUGAGUAAAGCAGGGAUCUGUAAUAUUAAGCUCAGCUCCACCCCUUGUAAAUAUAGUCAUUUUUUCAAGUUCAUAUUUUAAUAAAAAUCUUAAAAAUUACGGCAUUUCAAAUCAGAUUAAACCUAACUUUGCCCAGAAUCGUUUUUCGUUAGCAGUACAUUUAUUGUUGCUUAUAGAUAUAAAUUAAAUAACUAUAUAUUAUGCUAAUUUCCCAAUUUCCCUCCUACAUAUUCAUAACCAUUAUCAGCUCUGUUUUUCCUGUCUGAAAACAAGUUAUUUACUGGAAAUCUUGUUUCAAUCAAAUGACCAGAGAUAAUUUUUGUAGCAUUUAGGAUUUUUUUUUGUGUGGUAUUACGGCGCUACAGGGGGGUUCUACACCUUGCGGCCGUCCUACCUCCUAAGCAUUUAGGAUCUUGUUGGUACAUUAAAAAAGUAACUAUUUUUAUGUGCGUUUGCACCAGGUCCUCCUAUUUCAAAUUUUUUUUUUUAACCAAUAUUUAGCAUGAAUUUGCGUGACCUUGGUUUUCCUUGGAAAAUAACACCAAUGUGACUGGCCUAAUGUUUUGAUAAAGUUGCUAAACAAAAAAAAUUAAAUUUUUUUUAAAUUUUGAGUGCAUAGGAGGAUGUAUUGUUUUUACUAUACAUGUUUUUUUUAGUUAUUAUUGUUUUUCUAUCUGAAUACUUUUUCAUUUUGUAUACCUUUAGCUAAUCAUAUAAUCAUAUUAAUUCUACAAUUACAUGUAAUAGGUAUAGUUUUAAAUAAUGUAAUACAUUUUCCAUCUCCUUUUCCUUCAUCCCAAUUAUUUAGUUAGCCACACUUGUUCUAAACUUCCACUUGACUCAAUCUUCCACUGGCAUACACAUUGGCUGUCAUAUAAUUCUUAAUCACAUUCAACCACCUUUUCUUUGGUCUUCUUCUCUACUUCGUUCCCUCUUAUAUUUAUUUUCAGUACAAUUCUUACUGCCAAAUUAAGUAUGGGAAAUUGCUUUUAUUGUUUCUUUGAAUACAAUGAUUUAAUGUUGCUUUUCUUACUUUAAAACUUGCAAACAAAGUCUGUAAGUUCCAGUAUAUCCAAAGUGUACUUAUAUACAGUGCAUAAACUACUAUGUAGUAUGUUUUAUUUUAGAUUCUGAGAUGCAUUAUGAUGUAUGCUUUUUCUGUCUGAAAUAUUUUUCUACCAUAAAUCUUGCUCUAAUUAAAAAAUGACAAGAGAUCUUUAACAAAUGUUGUAUAGUUUGUGGAUUGAGAAAAUCAUAUUUUGAUUUUCCUUGUAAUUAUUUUAAUAAUGAAACAAAAUGUCAAAAAUCGGAAAAAUGUAUGCAAUAAUAACAGUUUCUGUUAUUUUCAAUUUUAUUUUCUGUUGUACUUCAAUUCAAAAUGUUCACAGAAUACUUAUAUUAGCCUUUUUCUAAAAGAAGUCCUGUUUUCAAAAUAAUCUGUCAAAUUUUGAGCUAAUUAAACCAUUUUAAUUGUAUAUUUUAUAUUUUUUAAUGGGAGCUCUCAAAAGUGCUUGAAAUUUGAUACAAGGCUUAUCUUAAAUUGUUCUUAUGUCACUAUAAAAAAAUUAAAUUUUUAUAGUCACUUUUUUUAUAAUUGUUGAAAGUUUAAAUUAUUAUAUUGACUGUACAUAUUUUGUCUUUUUUAAUGAUGUUUAACCGAACUUCAUUCAUAAUGAUUUUUUGUUGGUAAUGAUUUAUUAUUUUAUUUUUUUAUACCUGUAUUAAAUAAUUCUUUGCAUCCUUUCUUUCCAACUUCCCACAUACAAUAGAUGCUUCAGUAUCAUUAUCUCUUUAUAACAUUUAUAUUUUUAUUAAAAUCAAAAAUUGUACAAAUACAUAUAAAUUUAUAUAAAGAAUGAAACAUUAAUUGUACUUAAUUUACUUAUUUAUUUUUAGUGUGUAAGAGCGUAUGUGGAAUUUGAAAUCAAUCAAGGUGCAUACAAUAUAUCUUGUCCUGAUGCUCAGUGUCCUAAACAAGGCAUUAUCCAAUUAGAAGAAAUAGAAGCAUUGGUUAGCAAUGAUGAAAUUGAAAAACAUCACAGAUACAGGCUGAAUAAAGGUUAAUUAAUUUUUUGUAAAAUAUAAGUCUUAUCUCUUGAUAUUUAUUUAUUUAUUUAUUUUGAAUUAUUCAGUUAUUAUUAGGUCUAGAAAAUGUUUAAUUUUUUUGUUUAUCAAUAUAAAGUAUUAUUUUCGCUUAUUGUUUUUGAUAAACAUUAUUUUUAUACAUCAUUUUUGCUUAUAACAUUUAUGAAAAUUUUGUUUUUAUUUUUUUAAGUCGUGCAAUAGCUAAUUAUAAUUUAUAUAGAAAUUAAAUUGCCUUUUAAUAUUAAAAGUUUACUUUAACUAGUAACUAACUAUGUAUAUUAUGUUUAUUAACAAACCAAUAACAAUACUACAUUAGAAAAUAACUUAAUUUGAAUAGCGGUUGUAGUGACGAAGAUAUUAUAUUUAAUAAUAAUAUUAAACUAGUAUUUUUAUCAUGACUAAUUAAAUACUCUUUGUUUGUACAACAAAACAUUUUGAUUAUAUUUCAAUAACCUUGAACAUAAUUACUUGACUAAUAGUUUUUCAUUAGUAUACAAAAUAUAAAUAAUUAAUUACUGAAAACAGUUUUAAAGUAUUAUUAAUAUCAUAACUAUUGACUCCUGCUAUGAAAACUCUUGUAAUUCACUUAUUUUUUUUUUUAUAUAAAUCUGUUUUAAUGUUUAACAAAAAGAGUUAUUUGAAAUUACUACUGAAGAGAUUUAAAGAGUAUUACUAAGAGAGUUAGAAAAAAAUAAAUUUGAAUUUAAAAAAUGCAUAAUUCAAAUUUGUUUAAUUUUCCUCUUCUGUACAUUUUUAAAAAGCGAGUUACAACUAUUUUCAUUGCUGGAGUCAAUAUAUUAUAUUAUAUAUGUGUUAAUUAUUAUUAUAUAUAGUAUAAUAUAAGUUAUGCGGCCCAGUGCCAGUUUUCCAAAUAUUUUCCAAUUUUGUAAAAUUUGGAAGGUGAAUGAUCAAUUUUAAAAGAUAAAUAAAUACAUAAAUAACAUGGCAUAUAUAAAGUAAACCAUAUUAUACAAUUAGUCAAAAAAUCAAAUAAUUAAAUUCAACAAAUAUAGGUAAAAAUAAAACAAACUAAAUAAUAAUAUGAAAGCAAUGUAACAUGAUAGUAUGCAUGACUCCAGACUCUGCUUAUUUCUACGAUAUUGUUGUUUGAAGAUUUUAAGUCUGUUAUCUCAUGUUUGAUUAGAUAGUUGUUACAGAUUAAAUGGUGUACCAAUGUUUGGAACUCUCUAUAAUUACAAUUUGUAUCUUCUUGUCGAUUAUUUUCCAUUUCUCAGGUUCAAUUCCUGUGCAUAGGUAUUUUAAAGUCCUCCAGACUGUCUAUUUAUUGUUAUGUCCCGAUGGUAAUUUUUCUCUUCAACUGUUUGCUUGCUCUCUUCCUUCCAUUAUUUUAAUCUUACUGUCUUUGGAUUGUUUUCUAAUUUUUACAUUUUAGAAAGCUCUUUCUUGAUUUAGUCAAAAAGUUUCAUGUAUUAUAGAAUAUAUUGAGUGCCUUUCAAUGUAUUUGAGUAUUUCAUCCAUUCAGUAUCACUAGUGAUUUAUCUAUGUACAUGUAGUGGCGCUAUUUUUGAUAGAGCAGAAAUUCUCUUUUGUUUUUUUCGUGUACCACUUAUAUAUCUAAUCCAUCUGUCAUUUAUGUUUAAAAAUUGAAUUAUUUAUGAUAUCUAUAAAUUUAUUUUAAAAUGAUAAAAGCAUAAAAACAGACAGUAGAUUACUAAAAUAUAAUUAAAAUUAUAAAAAUUAAAAAUAUAAAAUAAUAUUAGAUCGAUUAAAAACAUUUGUACAAAUAUGUAUUAAUUCAUUUUCCAAAUAUCUACUAUUCAGCCUUCUGCAUACCACCCUGUUGUCCAACACGUACCAUCAUUGUUACGGGUAUCAGAUUCUAAGAACCGUUGUACUAGAGGAUAUAGUUUUUCCACUGGUGUUAGGCUUUAAACAUCCUGUCAUAAUGUGUAGAUUCUUAUUUAAUGCCGUACUGUGUACUAAUCUAUUUCAUAUUGGUCACUGAGAAAUUUAAAACUAUUUAUAUAUUAUAAAGCAGAAAUUCUAACCAUUUCGGUAUGAAUUCCCCAUUUUAAGUUAGUAAAUUUUUUCAAAAGAGUAUUUCUGGUGUAUAUUUUCCAUCUUAAAGCAACACAAUGCUCGUUGAAGGUGAAUGACCUAUCAAGGGUAUUUGGGAUAGGGAGUAUGUUUUAUCUCUAUUAAUUCUCAUUUUAUGUCCAACUGGACUAGUUUUCAAAUUAAACAUUUGAGUUUUGUUGGAUUAGGAUUUGGCUUCAUUUAUUUGUAGUAUGUUAUGAUUUUAAGCAAAUACUUUAGUUUAGCUUUUACUUCAUCGAAAUUUAUAUUAUCGACAUAAGUGAAUUGUCUGACAUUUGGAGUGGUCAGUUUGUCGUUUAUAUAAAUAUUAAAAAUGAUUGGACCCAGAACACUUCUACUGUAGAUCUUCUUUAAUACAAGUCUGUGAUUAACUGUAUUAUAUGCUACUGUAAAAUCUGUAAGAGUUAUUACAGGGACCUUUUUUUUUCAAUAAACUGUAUCAUAUUCAGUAUCUGACUUAUGCAUGAUUUCCCUUUCCUGAAGACUAUUUCUCUUAUAUAAAGCUCAUAUUCAAAAAUUAUAUAAGUGACGUAUAUAUGAUUUUUUGGUUCUUUGCCAGGUUUAAAAAAAGCUAUUAUGUAGUCUUUUCUCCAUGUUUUAGGUAGUUGACCCCCUUAAUAAAUUAAACUUUUCCAUUAAUUGACUUCCUGAUGGCUAUUAAGGGGAAAAGGGGUAUUACCGUUUUUAUGAACUAAAAUGAUUUUAUAAGAAUAGUGUAGCUCGUCAACAUGUAUUUUUUGUAAAAUUGAUAAAAAAAGUUCUAUAGACCGCACAAAACUCUAAUUUUUUUAUUUGUUCAAAUAACGGUACACAAAAAGUUAAAAACUGACCUUUUAAAAGAUGUAUUAUACAAUUUGAGAUGAACAUAUUGUAGUAUGGAGUUCAGUAAAGUUUGUUAGAAUUAUCCUGUUUCAAACAAAAUUAACAAUCAUCAAAAUCUGAUCAUAUUACAAGACAUCAACAUUUUUCCCCUACGGCAUUUUUAGGGUCAAAAAACUCAUUGGCAGUGGCUCCUACAUGCAUUUUAGUUCUCAUUUAACUAUCCAUUUAAAACUGCAUAAUUUUAACAUUUUCCGCCUACUGAUAUAAUGGAAAAAUAUUUAGUAUUUAUUUUUAAAUUUGUUAUAAGGCAUACAAUUGAUAUUGGAUACUUAGAAUAUAUUUACUGUUUUAAUUAAAACAAGUUAUAUGAGUCUUAUGAUAAGACAGAGCAAGUGGUUUACCUACGAUUUUAGAUACCUACCAUGAUUAUCCUUAGUAUUUAGAGUAGAAUUGGUCAGAAACUUUUUUUUUAUAUUUUGAUUACAUUACGUCAACAUUUUUAGAAAAAUCAUAUAAACCUAUACGAAUAUUUAUAUAUUGUAGAGCAGGGGUGUCUAACCUUUUGUGAAGACUGGAUCACAUCAUCUAAGUAAAAGUUAUUGUGGGUCACAUACAUUUUAAUAAUUAUAACCAUUUAGUGGUUAUUAUAUUAUAUAAUAAAUAUACACCAAUAAUUAAUAAUAUGUAAUAAAUUAUAUUACAUUUUAAUAAUGAUAACAACCAUAGUAGAUAAUGAGUAGAAAUAUUUUAACGAGCUAUUACAUUUUAUUUAUAAUUACAAAAAAAUAAAUAUAUUGAUGUAUGAUUAAAAGAAAAUAAUUUUAUUGUUAUUUUAGUCAUAUUAGUUUCUUAUCACUAUCAUUUCUCAAUAACAAUAAAACUUUCAUACAAUAGUAUAUACUAUUAAGUAAUAUUUAAAGUUUUUUUUAAUAUUUUUAAGUUUUAUAUUCUUAAAAUAAUUUUUUUCUUAUAACAUUAUAUAUAGUUAAUUGAUAAUUUGAAAUUAAAGUGAGGGCCGUAUUAAAAUCUACCAUGGGUUGGACACCUCUAGUUUAUAGUCUUAAAUACUAAUAAUUUUAAAUUUUUGUUGAAAAACUUGUAUAUUUACUAUAAAAUAUUAAUUUUGAAAUUUGUUUUUAUUAAUAGAAGUGGAAUUAGAUAAAAGUCGUAUGUGGUGCCCAAAACCAGGAUGUGAGACUGUAUGUCAUGUUGGAGACCGAUCUCGACCACACAGUGUAGUAUGCCCAACCUGCCAAACUGAAUUUUGUUCUGGAUGUCGAGCAACAUGGCAUCCUGGCAAACCAUGUCCACCACCUGCUACACAUGAUAUGCCUACAUUUGAUUCAGAUUUAAUUAAAUGUUGUCCCAUGUGUAGUGUACCUAUUGAGAAGGACGAAGGUUGUGCUCAAAUGUUAUGUAAAAGAUGUAAACAUGUAUUUUGUUGGUACUGUCUUGCUUCUUUAGAUGUAAGUUUAUUAUUUAUAAGUACUACUAAUCAAUUACUAAUUUAAUUAUUAUUUUUAUACAUUUUAGGAUGAUUUCCUUUUAAGACAUUAUGAUAAAGGCCCAUGUAAAAAUAAACUGGGUCAUUCAAGAGCUUCUGUUAUAUGGCAUCGUACACAAGUGAUUGGUAUAUUUGCAGGUUUUGGUAUAUUACUACUUGUUGCUAGUCCAUUAUUAUUGCUAGCUGCUCCGUGUAUAGUUUGUUGCAAAUGUCGUGUAUGUACCAGUGGAUCAAAAUUAGAUGAUCCAGAUGAUGAUAUAUUAGAUGAUCAAAAUUGACAUAGUACAUUAUGUAUCAUCAAAUAAAUUUGAAUUUUGUUUUAAAUUCAAUUUUUGAUUGAGAAAUGAAUUAUCAUGCAAUAGUUGUUUAUGAACAAUAUGCCAACUAGUCAUCAAGUUUGUUUACAGCUUAAUGCAUUUGUUGUAUUCAUGAUUCAUUGUUAUAUAUCUUUUUUAACAACUGGAACAAAGUACCCCUUACUAGAGUUUGAUUAAAAAUGUAUUAUUAAAAAUAUAUUAAGUUUUUUUUUUCACUUUUUUCAAUGUUUAAAUCUCUAUAUUCAUAAUUCUAACUGUAUUAAAUGAACAUACGCAUUAUUGUUAUAUGUAUUAUUUAGCGUUCAUUCUGUUUUACAUUCAUAUAAUAAUAAUUUAACUAAUCUUAGACAAUUAUAUUCAUUAAUAUAAAUUUAAUAAUAGUUUUAAUUUCCUAUUAUUAACUGAAACGUUUUAUACCGCCUUAUUUUAAGAAAUAUUAUUUAAUAUUUUUAUAUAUGAUAAUAUAAUUAAUUAAAACUAUCUGAAAUAAAUCAAUGGUAAAUAAUUUCAUAAUUCCAAAAGUAAUUGUUGGUUAAAAUUUAGUGAUGAUUCGUGUAAAAAUACAUCAACUUAGAUUAUUAUUCUUGAAACGCAUAAACAGGGUGUUUUGCUAUAGUUGUGUCAUCCCCAGCAUACUAUAUUGAUGGGGUGCCUUCAAUAACAAUACUUUUGAAAUUUUUUCUUCUUCCAAAACCUUGUUUUUUUACAUUUCCUUAUAGAAUAUUUAUGAGUUUUGCAGGGAAUGUCACAUACCAAUUUUUUUCAAAACAGAACAUGCCUGAUUAACAAAUAAGUAAAAUCACCAAAAAAGAAAAAUUUAAAGUAAUUUUUACUAAUAUUGUUCAAUACAUGAUUGUUCUAUUUUGUUAGAAUUAAUUUUAAAAAUAGUGUUUUGGUUAUUUUACUUAUUUGUUAACCAAAUAUAUUCUUUUUUGCACUGUGUUAUUCUUUGCAAAAUUGUCAUAUAUCACUUUUCCAUUUUGAUUCCAUUGAUUAUCAAUAAUUAUGUUUGUAGAAAUAACAUAACCCUGUGGAUGCAUAUGAAAUCUUUGCAUGAAAUAUCAUGUCAUGUUUAUUUUUAAACUUUUAUAAAUAUUUGUCAACUAUAUUUAAAAAAUAAAAAACCAGAUUCGGAAGUAAAAUAAAAAUGACAUUAUUGGGGCAUCCCAUUGAGUAUUGUAUGCUUGGAAUGGCACAACUAUUAUAGAACACUGUAUAUACUCCUGUAUGUAUAUAUUUUGUCUAAUGUUAACAAAUUUGAUGUCAACUUUUCAUUCAUUAAAUUCAAUUUGUGCUAUUUAUUUUAAUAAUUGAAUGAAUUAGUUUAUUAACAACUUUAAAAGUAAAAAUAUUGUCUGUAUUUUUAUGUUGAUUUUGUCUAUAUUUAAAUUUUUAUGUGAGUAUUUGAAAUAUAAAACAUUUCAAAAUAAUUUUAUCCUGCUUAAAAGUUGAAAUAUUAACAAAAUUAACUUAAAAUAUAGCUUAUGUUCUUACUAUUAAGUUUGAUAAUAAGUCGAUUAACUUUUAUGUUAAAACUAACAGCAUAAAACGGUUUUAUUAAACGGAAAAUUGAAAUUAUCCAAUUUUUAACAUUAAACAUAACAUAUAUAUAUAUAUGAAUACAAAGUGUAAUAUAAUAUUCAACUAAAUGAUAAACCUAAUCAUGGAAAUUCUUUGUGGACACAUAUUUAAGUACCUAUUUUAGAGUUAAUUUAUAUUUUUAUUUCUAAUGUUAUGUUAUUUUCUUGAUAAAAAAUUAUUAUUAUAAUUUAAUUAUAUUAACUUUAUUGAAUGCAUAUUUAAAUAUGACAUUAAGAACUACUAAUUUGGUAUUAUAAAAUGAAUAUAUUUUAUAAUAUGCUAAUUAAUGAUGAAAAAAAUAUAAUUGUUACAACAUGUAUUUUUUGUUUAGUUAAUUGAACAAUAUUUAAAUUUUUACUUGUUAUAUUAUAAAGAAAAUUAAAAAAUUACCUGUUCUAUUAUAGUAUAAAUAUUUAUCAGAUGUUGGUUGAAAAUUAAAUUUACUUUGUAUACAAAUUAUAAUAUUAUUUAUUCUGUAGUGAACCUUUGAAGAAUUAUUUUACUUUGAACAAGUCAUCUUCUAUACAAAUAUUGCUUAAUGUUCAUUUUCAUAUGAAUAAAAAUAUUAAUAUUUAAAAACAAAAUUGUAAUAUUUUUUACCAAGUUUAGUGAUUGUCUUUAUUGGUCAUUACUGUAUAAAUAAGAAUAUAUACUUUAUAGUAUCAAUCAAAACUUAUAUUGAUUAAUUGAUAUAUUUAAUUAUAUUAUAUUUUUUUUAAAAAAACUUAAAUUUCAUUCCAUGUUGAUGUCAGUAAUUAGUAGGUAUAUUUCUUUUAGAAAUCAUUCUGCAAUAUACUUAAUUUUUUCUAUGUUCAAUACCCUAAUUACUUUUUCAAUGUAACAUGAGUUUUGACCAAUUAUUUUAUUUUUUAUUUUAUUUGAUCUCUGAUGUAAUGUAAUAAACAAGAUUACCCUAUUGGAACAUUAUAGUUAAUUUCAUUUUUGUAUGUAUGUAAAAUAUUUAUAUUGCAUUCUAUAUAACCAUUAGAUCUAAUUAUAAUAUGUGAUUAGUUUAUGUAAUUAUAUAAUGUUUAGUUUAUUUGUUUCCGAUUAAACGCUGUGAUAUAAAUAACAUAUAUAUAUAUUAUGUGUAUGUAUAUAUAUAAUGAAACACAUAACUGUCAAUUUUAUGACGUUCACGAAUAAUGCCGUCUUGAUUAUUUGCAUUAUUAUAAUAUGGCUUGUAAAAGAAUGUUAUUAUUUUAUAAUUGUUUUGAAAAUAUAUACUUAUAAUUCAUUAGUUUUAUUAUGUCAUAAUUUUUGUGAAAUGAUUGAAUGUGCUGAAAAAUUUGAACUGUAGAACAAAUAAAUGUAUUAUUUUUAUUAUUAUUUUUAGAAAUCACCAAGGUGGAUUGUGAUAUUGAAUAUUAUUAUUAUUUAUUUUUUUAUUUAAUACAUAAAUUUAGAUGAUUAUCUACAGUUAAUAAACAUAAUGUAAUAAGAAUAUAUGACUAUAUUAGUAAAUAAAAACAUACAUUUAAAGCAAAAUUUAUUUUACUUAAAUCUUUUGUUGUAAUAGAUGAAUGUAAUAUACAAAAUUUAAAAAUGA